UUCAAACAGUAAACGGCUUUAAUCUCUUCGAGUUCGUCACUAACGGAUGAUAUCUUGAAUAGAGAAGACCAAAUAAUAUAAGAUACAAGUUCACUGUCUUAAUUUCAUCUCGUGAAAGGAGACUUGACAUGACUAUUUUAAAAUUUUUAAUCAACAUUGGCCUAAUAUUUACUGCUACAGCGAUUCUCUAUGAUAAAGAUUUACGCAAUGAUUCGGCGAUUAAUUAUCGUUUACCAGACAAUGUAGUUCCGGUUCACUACAAUAUUAAGCUAAUACUACAUAUUUUGGAAGGUAAUUUUACAAUAUUUGGAAGGUAUUUUUUUGAAGGAGAAACUAAUGUUGACAUCAUAAUUUGCAAUGUAACGCAAAACUUGCAUUUACACGUAUUGGACUUGACAAUAAAUGAAACGGAGACAUCGUUGUUUGAUAACAAUGGUAUUAGCUAUACACCGGCAACGUAUAAUUAUAACAAUCUAACGCAAAUCUUAGUUCUUAAUUUCAACGAUGAACUAUCACCUGGAAAUUACACAUUGAAAAUGCGGUAUGUUGGUAUCAUACAUAAAGAUUUUGAAGGCUUUUUUAUAUCACCUUAUUUCAAUGAGGAGGGAAAUCUUGUGUGGUUCGCCGCAACGCAUUUUGAACCGACUUUUGCGCGACGAGCAUUCCCAUGUUGGGACGAGCCGGCAUUAAAAGCUACUUUCGAUAUCUCCAUAAAACAUCAUCGAAAUUACACGGCUUUAUCAAAUAUGCCAAUAAGGGAACAAUUAGACGAUGGCAACAAAGACGGCAUGAUAUGGACGCAUUUUGAUACGACUCCCAUCAUGUCUACUUAUCUCGUAGCAUUUGUAGUGACCGAUUACGUUCGCGUUCCUACUGAAGAUGAGACCAUUAAUAUAUGGUGCAGACCGAAAUUGGUGCCGCACACAAAAUUUGCACGAGAAAUUAUUCGAAAAACUAAAAGGCUAUUGACAGAAUAUACCAACAGCACCUAUAAAAUUUCAAAAAUGGAUCUCGUAGCACUCCCGCAGUUCACAUUAAAUGCCAAAAUUGAAAAAUUGGGAGUGCAAAAUUGGGGACUUAUUAUUAUUGUUGAAAAAAGACUUGAAUACAAUGAAAGUUUUAAUACAAUAUCUGAUAAAUUAAAUGUAGCGAUGCGAAUUGUACAUUUAAUGGCGCAUCAAUGGCUUAGUAAUGUAGUCACUCCAUUAUGGUGGUCUCAGAUAUGGUUAAGUGAGGGAUUUGCGUCGUUUUUCGAAAUAUAUAUUCUAAAUAAGAUUUUUGAGGAGUGGCAAAUAAUUGAAUACUUUGUUGUUAAUAUGCAGCAAGAAAUUCUUCAUUAUGAUAUAAAUAAAAAUCCAAUUACAUUAGAAGUCAAUAAACCCAAUGAAAUUGAAUCACGUUUCAUUGACUCUAGGCAUGCCAAAGCACCCGCUAUACUGCGCAUGUUACAACAUAUAAUUACCAAUGAGGUUUUUCGAAAUGGUCUUAUUAAAUAUUUACACACGCAUCAGUUCAAUUCGGCUACUUCUGACGACUUAUGGAACGCUUUACAAGCAGUGCUAGAUAAAUCAAAUGUCCCGCAUAAUGCUUAUAGAUUGAAAGAAGUAAUGGAUACUUGGAUAAAACAAUCAAAUUUCCCUGUAGUAUAUGUGACCCGAAAGAAAGAUACCAAUGAGAUAAUACUAACGCAAGAACAUUUUGUUCCGAAAAAUAAAAAUAAGAACGUUAAUGAUAAUAAAUGGUGGAUACCUUUGACUUUUGCUACGCAAACAAAUCCUGAUUUUUCUAAUACUUUUCCCACUUAUUGGCUAAAACCGCAUGAUCAAUAUAUAACGAUUGAUGGAAUUAAUCAAAAUGAUUGGAUUAUUGUCAAUUUACAACAAAUGGGAUACUAUCGUGUUAAUUACGAUUCUUCCAUUUGGCAAAAAAUUGUGAAUUAUUUCAAAUAUGACGAUUAUACGAGAAUUCAUCCACUUAAUCGUGCUCAAAUCAUCGAUGACGCUUAUCAUUUUAUGAUGAGAAAUAAACGUGAUAUCAUAAUGUUUUUGAAACUUAUUGGCUAUCUAUCGCAGGAAAUAGAUUGUAUACCAUGGUAUUCUAUGUUUAAAAUAUUAGGAUUUACAGAAAAUAUUUACAAAGUUCCAGAAAAUGAACAUCUCAAAUCAUACAUACUUAAAAUUUUGGAUGGACUUAUUAAGUACAUAGGAUACGAAGAAGAUCCUUUUGAUGAUGAACUUACGAAACUUCAAAGAACCGAAGCUUUAAAAUGGGCAUGUACUUUCGGUCAUUCCGAAUGCAAGAGAAUGGCCACUAUUAAACUGAAUGAAUAUCUUGCAGAUCCUAAAACAUACAAAGUUUCGCCAAAUUUAAAAGAAUGGACGUAUUGUAAUGGCUUGAUGGAAGCAAACGCUUAUACUUGGAAUAAGUUAUACGAUAUAUAUGUAAACAAAUCAGAUGAAAACGCUUUGACGUACUUGAUUUGUUCUGAAAAUCCUGAUAUUAUAAUUAAUUUUUUGGACAUAUCUACACUGAAAAAUCAAUAUUUAAUAUCUAAAUUAGGUUUUCAAUAUUCUGAAAUUUUUGAUUCUAUUAUCAUUGAACAUGCUAAGAAUAAUGUAAUAAUCGAUUACAUAUUAACAAAUUUAAAAAAAAUAAUGCCAAGAUUCUACAGUACAAAAUGGGCAUUAGGGGGUUUAAUUAACAAUGUGUAUUCUAGAGGAACACUUGAUGAGAUAAGCGAAUUUGUAAGAAAUAACUUUGAAGAAGAGAUAUUUAUAUAUGUUCGAGACGAGAUAGUAGUACGCAAGAAACUAUUGGAUGCACUUGCCUCAUUUCAACCAUCUAAUAUAAAAGAAAAAUUAAAAUUAUAAAACAAUUAUAAUUAAUUGUAACAAUUGUAC